AUUGGUUCAGAGGCCGAAAGCCGAAAGAAAGCCAACCCCAUCCCCAUCCCAUCCCAUCCCACUAACAAACACAAAUAUUGGGCCUUUCUCUUUCUGCUUAUUUGUUACGUGCUUGUUUCUGCUUCUUUGGUUUGUGAUGAUCAAUUUCUGGGUUCUUCUUGAUUUGCCCAUCUGGGAGGUUCUCAUCGUGUCAAAGUUUCAAGCUUUUUGUUUCUGUAAAAGCAACCUGGGAAUUUUCUGAUAUAUGUUUGACGGAGUCAGGGCGUUUUAAGAUUCAUAUAGCCAACCUCACUUAGCAGGACAAAGGUACGCUAGUUACUUCCAGAACUGAAUCCCGAUUUGUCUUGGUAAUUGACAAUGGGGGGCGUAGUGGGAAAGAGCGAAAGUUAUAGAAAGUUUUCGAUACAUGAAACGAAGCUAGAGGCGAAGAUGGUUGAAGCUAUGCAGCGCAGAGCAGCGAAAGGAAGUGUUAUGAAAUCGUUUAACAGCCUCAUCUUGAAGUUCCCAAAGAUCGAUGAGAGCUUAAGAAAUUGCAAGGCUAUUUUCGAGCAAUUUGAUGAGGAUUCGAAUGGUAUGAUCGAUCAAGAAGAGAUGAAAAAAUGUUUCUCUAAACUGGAAGUCUCUUUUACAGACGAGGAGAUCAUUGAUCUCUUUGAGGCAUGCGAUAUUAACGAGGAUAUGGGAAUCAAGUUUAACGAGUUCAUCGUUCUUAUUUGCCUUGUUCAUCUUCUUAAGGAUGAUAACAAAGCCGUUCACACUAAAUUGCAACUGGGGAUGCCGGAACUGGAGGCCACGUUUGAAACACUGGUAGACGCGUUUGUGUUCUUGGACAAGAACAAGGAUGGUUAUGUCAGCAAGAGUGAAAUGGUCGAGGCCAUCAACGAAACUACGACAGGAGAACGUUCCUCCGGCCGCAUAGCCAUGAAAAGAUUUGAAGAGAUGGACUGGGAUAAAAACGGAAUGGUGAACUUCAAGGAGUUUCUGUUUGCGUUUACUCGAUGGAUUGGAAUCGACGAUCUUGAGGACGAGGAUGAAGACUGAACGAGAGGUUAGAGGGUUCGAUAACUCUAACAGUGCCCUAGUUGAUACAGAGCAUGUAAAAUGUUACGAUGAGUCCUCCAUUGAGAUGACCAUGUAAAUAGUUUGAAAUGUAGACUCUUUAAAAUUCUCUCGUCAUCGACAAUUCAUAUCACUUGAUAGUAUGCUGUGUAUGUGGAUUUUCCGGUACCUGUUUGUAUGUUAUAAGAAGACUCACAGUGUUUUUGUUCGUUCA